GUCCUUUACCUUUACCAUUUGGACUAGAGAUACUCUUUUUUGCUGGUAACUUCAAAGACCAUGCUGCAGAAUUAUAUAAAAAAUAUGGGGAUAUCUGUGAAUUCAGAUUGGGUGGAUACAGAAGAAUAGUUCUCUCUAAACCAGAUUAUUUUGAGAAUCUAUUAUCGAAUUCAACGAAUUUAGCUUUAUUUGCAAGACAAGAGUAUCCACCGGACGUGAAUUUACUACAAACUUUUGGACGAGGGAUGUUUCUAAAUAAUAAUUAUGAUACUUGGAAGAUUAAUAGAUACUUUCUUUUACAAUCAGUUUCAACUCUUGGUUUCAAUAAAGAAGCUAUAAAAUCUAUUACUGGAUUAUUUGAAGAGUUGGAUGGAUACUGGAAUUUGCUUAAAAAAUUUCAACCAAAUAAUGAUGGUUGGCUUGAAAUAGACUUUUCACCAUGGGUAAAUAAGUUUAUAUUUGAUAAUAUUUCAAUAGUAAUAACCGGUGAACAAGGUUGCUCCAUGGCAUCAUUUUAUAAUACAUUUGACGAUUCUGAUAAAUCUAAAGUUGAAAGUUCAUCAUUUAAUGACCUUAAAUCAUAUAAUUCUGAUAAAUUUGCGCAAGCGAUAGUAACUUAUAUGAGAGGUCUGAUAAUCUUUUAUUUUAUUCAUCCAUUCUUGAGAUGUUAUGUGCCAUUGUUGAGAAAUAAAGCAAAUGCAGUCCUAGAAAGCAGAGAUUAUUUAUUUAAAACAAUUGAUGAUAUGAUCGAAAGGAGAAAAUUUGAUUUUAAAAAUACACCUCAGAAAUUAAAGUCGAAGCAUGAUUUGUUAACUCUUCUAAUUACUUCAAAUCAUGAUGCAAAGAGUAAUAUGACUGAGUCAUUAACCAACGAAGAGAUUAGAGCUCUUAUAUUUGACUCUUUUCUUGCUGGGGCUGAUACGUCAUCAAACACAAUAUCUUUUAUAAUUUACUACAUUUGUCAUAAUCCACAUGUAAAACGAAAAAUGAUUAAUGAAAUUGAUUCGGUUUUACAAAAUAAUUUUUCUGGUACAUUAUCUAUAACUAUUGAUCAUCUCGAUAAACUCAGGUAUUGUGAAGCAAUAAUUAAAGAAACUCUUCGUAUAAUGCCUGUGUCGCCUGUAUCACAAAGAUUUGCAAGUGCAAAAUGUGAAGUUGCUGGAUAUAUAUGGCCUGCUAAAACUCAAUUUCAUUUAAACUAUGCUAGUAUUCAUAUGAAUGAGAAAUAUUGGAUUAAUCCUACUGUCUUUGAUCCAGAUAGGUUUUAUUUACAAAAUGAUUUGAGCGAACUUACUGAGAAUUUAAACAAUAAGAAUAUAAAGACUAUUCAAGGAAGAGAUAAAUAUUCAUAUGUUGUAUUUGGUGGUGGCAUAAGAAUUUGUCCUGGAAGGAAGUUAGCAAUAAUUAAUAUAUUAUCUUUUAUGGUAUUGAUGUUCAAAAAGUAUGAUAUAGAAUUAAUAGAUAAGGAAGCCCCGUUGAAAACACAUACUGGACAUCUUACUCAUUGUUCAGAGUUAAAAAUCAAAAUUAGGCCUAGGAUUCAUUAA